UCUUCUCUCUGUUGUAACAUAACCACGAAAAUUACCUAGGGUAUCUUACUUGCCCAACUCUAGAAGGGGAUGUUGAUUGUGAUUUGUGACAGAUUCUGACAGAUCGUCACAGCUUGUUUCAAGUUGUUUCGGCUCGAUGCGAACCGAUGAUUCGAUGCGUGUUCGCGUCAUCAAAAAGUUUAUACAAAAUUUCGCGCCGUAUUGCAUGAAGUAUCGACGGAGCGUUUGUAUUAAAUCUACGAAAGAGGUAGUCGUGGCACAGUAAACGCGGUUAAAUAUUUCCAGCCACGCGACACAUCAGGUUACGCAUGUCUACCUUUCACUCGCUCGCAUUCGAAUGUCAACGAGUCGGAGGCGUGCUGGGAGGUUAGUCGUCGUCAUCGAAUCAUAAACACCCCCGGCGAAGCUCGUCGGUGUCUCCUUGAUAUAUCGAAUCGUACGACGUGUACGCGCAUGAUAAUCUAUGAAUUUAGGCGUAUUCAACAGAGUCAAUCUAAAGGACUCCGGAGGAGGGAUGUAUUCCGAAUGGGCCUCCUUAAGUGGCCUGGUCCAGCAAGGUUCUGCAGGAAGUCAAAGCGUAUUGGAAAAGUUUCCUCAAGGUGCUGGACGCGAGGUUGCCCUGUCCAUAGUCCGUCAGCUUGCUGCCAAUCUUGGUAUCGCUCGCGCAGCUGAACCUAGCCCGCUUAAUGCGGAUAAAGAGGUCCAAUGGUGCAUGGAAGUUAUAUGUUAUGGAUUGUCUUUACCAUUGGCCGAACACGAUACGGUUAGAGACUGUGUCAACGUUUACUGCGAGUGGCUGUCCGCUCUUUACUCUACACCAAAAGUCUCUGUCCCGAGACCGAUUAUAGAAGAUCCUAAUUUCUACGCCCGAAAAAUCAUUGGACACUUUCACAAUUUAUUCGUCCCACGAAAAGGAGAAGGUGCCGAUACAAUUAACAGGCAAGCCGUUCUUUGUCACAGAGUGUUGAGAACGUUACAGCAAGUAGCAAGAGGACCUGUGAUCUUAGAGCGAGAAACAUGGGAAAGUUUGCUGAUAUUUUUAAUAGGAAUUAACGAUGCAUUAUUAUCGCCACCCGCAGUUAGAGAAGAUGCCGGUGAACAACUCUGCGAGAGAGUUCUUGGUGUGUUAUUGGAGGUGUGGCUUGUGGCCUGUGAACGCAAUUUUCCCUCGCCACCUUUGUGGCGAACGCUUAGAGAGUCCUGUCUUCGAUGGCGUCACCGGUUAGCACUGAUCGAGCAGUGGAAUCGCGUGUGUUUGGCGUUGACUGCUAGAUUACUGCAAAUCAUGUACGGUCCAACUUUCCCAGAAUUAAAAAUAAGUGAAGAAGACGUACAAUUGGCACCACUGACAAUGUCGGACGAAGCAAUCACCCAGGCAUGGUACAGACUGCUGCGUACAGUCGGUGAUCCGGUAGAUCUAUGCAGACCAGCUGUGAUUUCGCAGACGCAGGCGUUUCUGCGAUACGCAAUCGCCAGUCCGAACGUGGUAGAUCCCUGUCAGCAUCCAUGUCUACAGAACUUGCCGCAGAUAUUCUUAAAAGCCAUCAAAGGCAUCGCCGGGCAAGUCGAUGCCUUUCUCGGGGUUUCACAGACGUGCUGUUGGGAGGAGUGUUGCCUAACAAGCUUUACUCCUGGAGCCGGCGUCGGCGGGGGUGUGGCGGGGGACAGGAUGGGCGGAAGAGACCAGCCGCAAUCCUCCCCUACACCCCCGACACAGCGCAGACUCGCCAAGAGCUUCAGCGUUACACCUUCCGCCGUCACUAAGGGGAUACCGAAAGCCUCCUUGAUAGGGUUGACGAGCAGCCGGGCCUCCAGCAACCCUCCGGUGCCCUCGCCUAGCUCUGGACCCUCCUCGGUGUCCAGCAGUACAUCCGUUACGUCCCUCGGCCAGGAUGUCAGGCCGCCCCUGGCACCUGGACGACCAAAGUGCAACAGUAUUCUGCAUCUCUUCGGGGAAUGGCUCUUCGAGGCUGCUUUCAUAGGAACGGAUGGGUGGUCUCAGAACCUGCCACAGCCAUCCGGAACGUCGAAGCGUCCAUCGUCGGUGCUCGUCGACGGGCCCAGCUCUUUGCAGGAGACCGUCAGCGAGAUCCCAGCCUCCUUGAACAUCGACCGGUACGAGUCGGGUCGAGCCGAGGCGAUGGGGGCGCUGUGCAGGAUUUUUUCCGCAAAGAAGACGGGCGAAGAGAUCCUUCCCGUGUACCUGGCCAGAUUCUACCAGGCUAUGUUCCACGGCCUGAAGGUCGACGAGAUUCGUCGACGUUUUUUCCUGCAGUCGAGGGAGUGCGGCGAGACGCUGGCCAGUAUUCUGGUGAACUCGGCCGACCUGUUCCGGCUCGACCUGGAUGGAAUACAAGUCCUCGUGCCUGCGGUCUUGGUAGCCUUGGAGGCGGUCCUUCCGGAGAAGGACCUCAAGCUGAGGUCCAACGCGGUGUCGAAGGUCGAGCUGAGAAGGGCCUCCAUCCACCUGUUGCUCUCCAUGCUGACGCUGCCGCUGCACUUUCAGAAUCUAACCAUCAGGGAACUGCCCACGAUGUUGUCCGCCAUUAGCCAGGAGAAGAGCCAGAUCACUUUCGGCCAGCUGAAACCGAGGCUUAUGAAUCUGCUGAUCAACUCUCUGCAGGUGGAAGUCGAUCCACAGAACACGCACAUGUUGCUGGGUGGGUUACUGCUGAGCGUGCAGGACUCGGCAGCGGCCGAAGAGCUGGAUCAAGUGACUCAGCCCGACCCGGCGAGCAACGAUUCGGCGAAUAAUUUGCUGUCUUCAGUCACCAGCGAUUCAGCCAGUCAGAUAAGCAUUUCCAGUGAUCUCCGCUCGCUCGGCGAUGCAUCCGAUAUCGCGACCCUUCAAGAGGAUAGCGUUGCUUUUGAUUCCGCCCACGCAUUGUUCGUGCGAGCGACGUACUUAGUUUGCCACCGACUGAUCUCCUCUUGGAAGACCGACCUCAACGUCUCCCUGGCAGCCCUCGAGACGCUGUCCGGCCUGGCAAGGACGCGGAUUCAGGAGACAGGUAUCCACCUGUUUCCAGACGCCUUGGAGUGUAAAAGAGCCGUCAAGUGGUUGUGCGAUUACAUUGCUUCGCAAUGCUGGCGGCCACCUCCGGCUCACUCCAAGGAUCUGCACUCCUCCAUCGUUGCGGCUUUCGGCUGCUUGACCACCUGGUUGACCGCCCAUCCACAGCUUCUACAGGACAAGGACUGCCUAACGACGGUUUUAGAGGUCGUGGAGCUGGGGGUGUCCGGGACGAAGAGCAUCGGAAAACCUGGGGAACCGAUUAAGAUGAAGGACGAGAAAGAGCUCAAGCCGGCCUCCAUGAGGGUGCGCGAUGCGGCGGACGCUCUGCUGACGAUUAUCCUGGAGCAGGUCGGAUAUUUUCCUAGUGCCUGUGGGGCGCAGUCGCUUUCGUCGUUGCUCGACGAGGUCUCUUUGGUGCGCCAAUGCAACAGCUGGCUAGGAGGUGGACGGAUCGCUCGGCAGAUUGCCCUGGAACGUUUCCGGUAUUUCGUGGCAGAGAACGCGACAAUGUUGGCCCUGUUGGAGGAGCCUCUCGGAAGUGACGAGGAUCCUCAACCGAUGGUGACCGUCCUGGUGCGAGGGUCGUUCGGCAGACACGCCUGGAUCAUGCAGCUUCGACAUCUCCCGAGACACAGGUCCAGCGCUAGGAGCGUCCUCAACGCCAAUCCUGGAAGACCUCUACCCCUAGCCGAGCCAGAGCCACGUACGGAGUACAAGCCGAAGUUCUUCCCUGAAAACGUGGACAGGAUUCCGCGCUGCAAGGUGGAUGAAUCGAUACCGAGCUUGGAGGCCGUGAUGAACGACAACGAGGCCACGAAGAAGGAGCACCGAGUGCUCUCCCAGCUGCUCGAUCGGCAGAUAAGCCUCGAGUCGAUCACGUCCGACCGCGGCUCGGAUCGAAACUCCGAGGAUAGGAUAGAGGAGUGCCUCCCUCCCAAGAUCUGCCACGAGUUCCAAACGGCGAGGCUCUUCUUGAGCCACUUCGGCUUCCUGAAUCUGGACUCGAAAAAGAACGAGGAUUCCGGAGCGAGCGGCCUCAUCGCGUUGGACCCCGUCAUCCCGGGAUUCUGCGCCGACCUGGAGUGCCUGGAUCGCAUCAGCUCCAGGACCUGCGACACCGUACACAUUUUUUACGUCAAGGCUGGCCAAAAGCACGCCGAGGAGAUCCUGUCCAACGUGAUGUACGCGUCCAACGUCUGUCCUGAGUUCCUGGAGUUCCUGAACUCCCUGGGAUGGCCAAUCUCCGUGGCCACCCAUGCCGGCUGGACCGGCCAUGCCUCCACAUCCUGGAGGACGACGUGUCAGCAACCUCCUGGCUCGCAUCCCGUUCGCUUCGCCUCCGACCAUGGCGGUUCGCUUUAUAACGGCGAAACCCAUGCCUUGUAUUGGGCGGAUGAAAGCUCGGAGAUCGCUUUCGUGGUGCCCACCCAACCCACGGGGCCGCUGAUCUCCGACUCCAUGGAUGACAGUACUUAUGGCAGUGACACCGGCAGUGGCCAGGUGUGGUUCGAGCGAAGCAUCAGUGAGUGCACCAGCAGCAGGUCCUGCUCGGUCUCGCAGUCGGUUAUCCAGAGUUCCAGGACCAUGUCUCUAGACCUAGACAAGCAACCUUCCAGCUUGGCUGGGUCGGGUCCACCGAGUACGCAGUCCAACAGUGAUCCGGUCAGACCAAGGAGGUCGACGAAGCAUUCCGUGCCUCUGCAAGUCGAUACGAGGAUCAUGGUGGUUUGGCUAGAGAGCUUGGAGGAUCAUCUUCAGUUCCCCAUCGCCGCGGUAUUACCUUGCACGCACACGGGUUUGGAACAUUCGAGUACCCUACGACCCUCGGAUGUCCAGGUGAUAUUUCUGCAGUCCUUGGCCAGUGGCCUGAUGAGGGUCAGACUGCAAGGCCCGGUAUCCAGGAUCAACCUGGCGUCUCCUUUGGUAGACGGCAUGGUCGUUUCCAGAAGAGUGCUGGGGACGUUGGUCAGGCAGACGGCGCUGAACAUGGCUCGCAGGAGAAGGCUUGAAAACGAUAGUUACCACCCGCCGCACGUACGCAGACGACUGAAGAUCCAGGAAAUGGUACAAAAGUAUAAACGGAAUCUCACGCAACCUGAACUGCUGACGCUUCUGUUCAGUAGCAUGCAGUGUUGAAGUAGCAUAAGCUCUAGACUCGAAUUCCAUGCUUUAAAAAGACAGGCCGACCGAGAGUUUGGUGGACGAGUCACGAUUUCUAUGCGAAACGUCGCCUAAGUGCAAACUCACCGUCUUAUUAUUUUUUUAACACUCGGAUAUCCGCCAUCAGGUGAUACUUCGCACGUUCCAGUACUUAAAUCUUUCCGGGCAUUAAGCGUAUGCCUUUGACAUCUUUCGUUGGCGUUAUUAGAGGAUUUACGUACGUUAAAGAGUUCGUUCGCACAAUCAGCGCGAAUUGCAUUUCUUGAUCAGUGCUCGCGGCCGAUCCUGUACAUUUGUAUCGACGAAGGUGUAAGAUACAGAUCCUUUAUCGCGGCGAUAUUUUCUAGACAAUUUCUUGUACAAUACGCGUACACGCAUUUUUACAGGCGUAGGAUAGAGAGUCUACGUUUUCAUGUACCCCUACGACGCCAGGACUCGCAUCUCCGACUUUGCAUAUUAUUCCGCUCACUGUAAAUACAAAUAGAGGAUAACUUUUUCAA